UCAAACCGCUAAGAAAGCCAGCAAAUUGAACUCUCAAAGGCAAUUGUGUCAUCGUAGAGAAUUUAGAUUAAUUCUACUAUCUUUCUCUCUCUCACUCUCUCAUACAAACUACAAACCGACUUGCUUUAUCUUUUCUCCACUAACACAAAAAGACUCACCACCCUUUUGCUUUUCUGUUUUUUUUUGGAUUGUUGUAGCUAGAUCCACAACAAAAACUAAAGAUGAUCCAAGAACUCUUUGGUAAUGGUGCUAGUGCUUCCCUCUUAGCAAAUGAAAGAAACUACUCUUCCAUUAAUGGAGGAGGAGGAGGAGGAGUUGGAGGAGUUUUACUUCAACAACCAACUACUCAAUCUCCUUCUACUUCUCCAUGUCCAUCUUCCACAACCACACCCACCACCGCCACCACCACACCAACCGCCACCACAACAUCAGAAAACCAACAACAUCUGAGGUGUCCAAGAUGUGAUUCAUCAAACACAAAGUUCUGUUACUACAACAACUACAACCUCACUCAGCCACGCCAUUUCUGCAAGACAUGCCGUCGUUACUGGACAAAAGGCGGCGCUUUACGCAACGUCCCCAUCGGAGGUGGCUGCCGGAAAAACAAAAGCAUCGGCAUGUCAAACACCGCGGCAAAAACAACAACAAACAAGAUGAAAACAGUUGCUUCUGAGUUUUUCAGGUCAGCAAGUAGUCAGGGGUUCGAUCACGUGGUAACACCACCAAGUCAAAUCCUUUGGGGUUCUCCUCAAAAUUCUCAUAUACUUUCUUUGUUUAGAUCUAGUCAAAACCAAAGCCCUAACCCUAAUCAUGUUAAGGAAGAAGGAAAUAAUAGCUUAUUAGGGUCCCAUAUUUCUCACAUGAUGACUUCUCAACCGUUGAUUUCAUCAAAUGUUUAUGAUGAUGGUGUUGGACAUGUUUUAUGCAACCCAUUUUGGAGAAACAAUCAUGAAAAUCAAACUCAACAACUACAAAAUAAUGGUGGAUUUGUACUUGGGGAACAACAACAACAACAUCAUCAAAACAGUGGAAUCCAAGAACUUUACCAGAAGCUAAGGUCAUCAACAACAUCAUCAUCAGGUAAUAAUUAUUGCAGUGAGAUUGCAGCUUCUUCACCAACAGUGUUACUAGGGAACGUGGCUUCAAAUCCAUCUUCUAUAUCAAAUAUUUUGGAAACAACUUCAGUUACUGGUGGUGAAUUAGGGUAUUGGAAUCCAAUUCCAACUCUUACUUGGUCUGAUCUUCCAACCACCAAUGGUGCAUAUCCAUAAUAACAGUAAAAGUAACAACUUUUUUUUGUUGACCGUUCAAAUCUUCUUUUAUUAUUAGGUAAUAGCAUAGGUUAAGCAUGUGUAUGUAUUUGAAUUGACAGUGAAAUUUGACAAAAUUACCGGUGCCACACUGACAGUGUAAUUUUGUUGAAACUUCAAAACAUAGUUUUUGUCAAAAUUAUGGUGGUUCACGUGAUUAUGAUAAUCUCACUGUUAAUCAAAUUGUACACUUAAAUUUUAUCUUUUUGUUUCUUUAGUGUGGUUGUAAUUUUGGAUUGGUUUGCUUUGGGUGGUAUAUGAUUAUAUGAAUAUGAAUCUAGUUAACUAGUAUUUUUUUUUUUUUUUAUCUCCCUUUUCUUGAUUGCCUUCGAUAUCAGUUACUCCCUCUAGUUAGAUAUAUAAUCAAAAAUUAAUUUUUUUAGAUUUAUUGAAAAAGUAAUGUAUUUAAUCUACAAUAAUAAUUGAAAGAUUAUAUACAUCAUAUUUUUUUAAUAAAUUUUAAUUUUUGCAUAUAUAUGGAACGGGAAGGAGUACAUGCUUUAUAUAUGUGUAAGGUUAAUUAGUUGAUGGUGUGCUCGGAAAGGUUAUUAAUUUGGAGGCCAUAGAGUUUAAAAUUUUA